AUGUUCUCAUUUCCAGCCCAACUUGAGUCCGACCAGCAGACAAGGAACUGGUACCAGGAUCUGCUAGACCACGCGGAAUGUCAAGAUAACCCUGUAAAAGUGCAACAGGCCUAUGAGUCUUAUAGACAAGCGAGCCUGUCAAGGUCUCUCGCAUCUUUGACUCAGCCAGACGGCAAGCCGAAGAUAACACCCAGUUCGGCUCUUGUUCAGUAUCUGUCUCAUGCUGCGACUACCAGUAUACCUGGAGAGAUUGAGAAGCAUUAUAGCGAUGAGAGCAUCAACUGCAUGGUUAUCUGGGCUCGCCCAAGCCAGAAGAUCCUCGACCUCCUGCUUGGGUUACAAAACAGGCUUAAAGAUAUAGCUGGGGCUGACAUGUGGUUUCCAAAGUCGUCUCGGCUACAUUUAUCAGUCGUUGAGAUCUCGCACCGUCACCCUAUGGCUCAUCUACGGUCCGUGUUUAACCAAAUUGGAAGACCGUUAGUCCAGGGGAUGCUGGACCUCCCGGCCACCCAUGCUGCAUCUCAGUCAAAGGUUGCUCGUCUUGGAAGGCCAAUGCUCCUUUUCGAUGCGGUUGGGGUAGCCAUCGCGUUCGUUCCAGUCGGGACAGACCCAUAUACUUAUCACCAUUUAAGGAGAGACUUGCACAACCUGGCCAUCAGCAGCGGAGUCAAGACAGACACAUGCUACACUGCUUGCAUGGGGCAUAUUACACUUGGCCGCUUUGUAUCUACAAAGCACUUCGAUUCAGAAGACGAAGGCACUGCACAACAACGCCUCCAAGUCUGGGCGGAUACCAUCCAGGGUAUAAACGAAGAACUCAGCCAACGUUACCAAGCCGAAGACUGGGAAUGGGCGGUUGGAGAAGAGAAGGGACUGGAACUCCAGAUGGGGAUGCUUAAAUUCGGGCGAGAUACAGAAGCAGCCGAAAUCGUUGGUCGGAAUUUUGGAACCGAAGCAACAACCUCGAUGACGCCUAACUAG